AUGGUAGAUAGUGAUCAGGGGCUCACAUUGCUUCAAAUUCAGACAGAGUUUCAUGUUUCUAAAUGGAGUGCUCAAAACACCUCGGAUUUUUGCAUCCUGCCUGGCAUUUCUUGCAAUAACUCAUUAGUUGAGGCUCUUGAUCUCUCCAACCAAGGCUUGCGAGGCAAUUUAACCUUAAUCUCCCAGCUCAAAUCCUUAAAAUCUCUCGACCUAUCGUUCAACAAUUUCAAUGGCUUGAUCCCACCAGCUCUCGCCGAGCUGUCCGAGCUCGAGUUUCUCGAUUUGUCGUUCAACAGUUUCGAUGGCCCAAUUCCUUUGGAAUUCUCAAAGCUCAAGAAUCUCAGAGCUUUGAACCUUUCCGGUAACUUUCUCACCGGUGAUAUACCGAAAGAGCUCGAGAGCUUGAAGAAGCUAGAAUCUUUGCAGCUCUUCACAAACAGGCUGAAUGCCACAAUCCCUUCAUGGGUUGGCAGCUUGACCGGCCUGAGAAUUUUCACCGCCUACGAAAAUGACUUGACUGGCUUCAUCCCUGAUGAGUUGGGCUUGCACAGUGAGCUUCAGCUGUUGAACCUUCACUCGAAUGAGUUAGAAGGCCCAAUCCCUGAAAGCAUUUUCUCUAUGCAGAAGCUCGAGACUUUAGUCCUUACACAGAACAGAUUAAACGGCUACAUUCCUAAAUCAAUCGGCAAAUGCAAGACCCUGUCGAGUAUCCGAAUAGGUAAUAACAACCUAAGUGGGCUCAUACCUAAGGAGAUUGGUGACAUCAGCGGCCUCACGUAUUUCGAGGCGAAUGAAAACGGCCUUUAUGGAGAGAUCGUGCCCGAUUUUUCCAAAUGCACGAACCUCACCCUCCUUAAUUUGGCCUCAAACCGGUUUAAUGGAACCGUGCCGUCGGAGUUUGGCUUGUUGAGUAAUCUGCAAGAGUUAAUUGUUUCUGAUAAUGAUCUCUUUGGAGAAAUGCCAGUAUCGGUUCUUAGAGUGAGAAGUCUGAAUAAGCUCGAUUUAAGCUAUAACCGAUUUAACGGCACUAUACCGGCCAGUAUCUGCAAUGUGUCUCGAUUGCAGUUCCUGCUUUUAGAGCACAACUCGUUGGAAGGUGAAAUCCCGCACGAGAUUGGUAACUGCACGAAACUGCUGGAAUUGCAGCUGGGGAGUAAUCGUUUGAGCGGGAGCAUCCCGCCCGAGAUCGGCCAUAUAAAAAACUUGCAGAUUGCUUUGAAUUUGAGCUUCAACCGUCUUAACGGGCAGCUGCCCGAAGAGCUGGGCAGGCUCGACAAGCUUGUUGCUUUAGACUUGUCGGCGAAUCAGCUUACCGGGAAUAUACCGAGUACUUUCCGGGGUAUGCUGAGUUUAAUCGAGGUAAACUUCUCGAACAACCGGUUAACCGGGCCCAUACCCAAUUUCGUCCCAUUUCAGAAGAGCCCGAACUCGAGCUUUAUCGGGAAUAAAGCUCUAUGUGGUGAGCCGUUGACCGUUUCUUGUGGGAAUUCGAACGAUUUUAAUAGUGGUUAUUAUUCUUACCACCAUAAGGUAUCUUACAAGAUUGUGUUGACUGUUAUCGGUUCAGGUUUAGCUGUGUUUGCAUCUGUGAGUGUAGUUGUUUGGCUUUUCAUGAUGAGAGAGAAACAGGAGAAAGCUGCGAAAGAGGCCAAAAUGGUCGAAGAGGAAAUUAACGAGGACCCGAAAAUAAUAGCUGGAGAUAUUUUUGUCGAGAGCCUUAAGCAAGCUAUCGAUUUUGAGGCAGUUGCUAAGGCUACCAUGAAGGAAUCGAGUAAAUUGAGUGUCGGCACGUUUAGCGUCGUUUAUAAGGCAGAUAUGCCGUCCGGGGUGAUUUUAUCGGUUCGAAAACUGAAACCGAUGGUUCAUAAAACCGUACUUAACCACCAAAGCAAGAUGAUUAGAGAGGUGGAGAAGCUGAGCAAGCUUCGUCACGAUAACUUGAUGAGGCCGAUCGGUUUUGUUCUGUUCGAGGACGAUGUUGUGCUAUUGUUGCAUCAGUAUUAUCCAAAUGGGACCUUGGCCCAGUUUCUCCACGACUCGGCUGGAAAUCCCGAUUACAAGCCUGACUGGCCGGUGAGGCUUGCGAUUGCUAUUGGGGUAGCUGAAGGCCUGGCUUUUCUACACAAUGUGGCGAUUAUCCAUCUCGAUAUCUCGUCGGGCAAUCUGGUUUUGGACUCGAGUUUUAAUCCUUUAUUGGGCGAGGUCGAGGUCUCGAAGCUUCUAGACCCUUCUAGAGGAACUGCGAGUAUAAGCGCCGUAGCUGGUUCUUUCGGAUAUAUGCCUCCAGAAUAUGCUUACACUAUGCAAGUUACGGCACCGGGCAAUGUAUACAGCUAUGGAGUUGUUUUGCUCGAGAUCCUCACAACACGGCUGCCAGUUGACGAGGCAUUUGGGGAAGGGAUUGAUCUGGUGAAGUGGGUGCAUGGUGCACCCACAAGAGGGGAGACACCGGAGCAGAUUCUUGAUCCGAGGCUGAGCACAGUGUCGUUCGGCUGGAGAAAAGAUAUGCUGGCUGCACUCAAAGUUGCAUUGCUCUGCACGGAUAACACGCCAGCCAAACGCCCGAAGAUGAAAGAUGUGGUGGAGAUGCUGAAAGAGAUUGGAAAUUAUUAG